AUGGACAUCGAAAAAGGACCCCUGAGUCCGGGCCAGCACACCACAACGUCAUUUUCAGAUCCAGGUAAAGACAAUGAACCCAUAGACCUGGAACAGCUCGGGGAGCGAGAAGGCUAUGUCCUCGAUACAGCCCUCGCGCAGCACGAGGGCCUGAAAACGACACCCGACGGCAAGACGGUCCUCAUUCCACAACCGAGCGAAUCGCCCAAUGAUCCUUUAAACUGGUCCUCGUUCAGAAAACACCUGAUCCUGAUCGUUAUCUCUGCGGCUGCAUUUUUACCGGAUUACGGAAGCGCCACUGGUGCUGUUACGCUGAUUCCACAGGCUACAGCGUGGAACAUGACCCAGGACUAUGUCAACCACUCGCAGGUUGGAAACGUGUUUAUGCUCGGGGCUGGCGGGCCGUUUGUCGUGGCGUUGGCUGCGUACUUUGGACGCUUCCCGGUGCUUUUCUGGUUUAUUGUGCUUGCGCUCGCGACGGCGAUUUGGUGUGCUGCUGCGCAAUCGUUUGAGUCGUUUAUGGCUGCGCGCAUUCUUAACGGGUUCUUCUCGACCGUCGCCCAAGGUGGCGGCCUCAUGUUCAUAAAAGACAUGUUCUUCUUCCACGAACAAGCGCGCAAAAUCAACAUCUGGUCCGCCUUCAUCGUCCUCUCGCCGUACAUGGGCCCGAUGCUCGCCGCCUUCAUCACGAGUACCCAGAUCUGGCAGUGGGCGUUCGGGGUAUACGCGAUUGAAACAGGACUGUGUUUAAUUGCGAUCGCAUUAUUUGUCGAGGAAACGUACUAUGAUCGCAAGAAUACACAGUUUGAACUUGUCCCUAAUGCGCCGCGGUGGAAGCGGAUGCUGGGGAUUCAGCAGAGGCAGACGGGGUAUAUUAUCAACACGCCGCUUGAUGCGGCAAUGAGGCCGUUGAAAGUCCUAGUUAAACCGGUUGUGUUUAUAUCUAUGAUUUAUUACAUGCUUACCUUUGCAUGGGUCGUCGGUAUUAACACCACAUUAUCGAUAUUCGUUGGACCCUUGUAUGGCUUUGGCCCGAAGCAAAUCGGCUUCUUCUACUUCACGCCCGUCGUCGCCGCCAUCCUCGGCGAAAUAGCCGGCCACUGGCUGCACGACUUCGUCGCAUCCCAAUCCUCAAAACGAAACAACGGGCGUCUCGAACCCGAAGCACGGUUGCUGGCUAUCUACAUCGCGUUUCCCUUCAUGAUCGCAGGACUAGUGCUUCUCGGUUUCGCGCUCGAAGAAGAAUACCACUAUAUGCUAACCGCACUGGGGUGGGGCCUGUACGUCUUCGGAAUCAUGAUCGUGACAGUCGCGGUGAACGCGUAUGUACUUGACAGCUACCCCGAGGCGAGCGGGGAAGUGGCGGCGUGGAUUAACUUUGGACGGACGGCGGGGGGGUUUAUUGUUAGUUAUUUUAUGGUGGAGUGGGCUGGGAAGCAGGGUGCGAAGAGGCAGUUUGGGACUAUGACGGGGAUUGUAGGGUUUGCGACUUUGAUGGUUGUUUUUCUGGGGGUGUUUGGGAAGGGGUUGAGGAGGUGGGCGGGGCCGGUGGAUUUUAAGACGGCUUGA